GCCUGUUUCGUGUGUCCGUGCCCAGUGGGGCCUCGACGGGCGCCUACGAGGCCGUGGAGCUGCGUGACGGUGGCCGUGACUACUUGGGCAAAGGCGUGACGAAGGCUGUUCAACACGUGAACAAAGUGAUCGGACCGGCGCUGAUCAAAAAGAACCUGCCCGUCACGGCCCAGAUGGAAAUUGACAACUUCAUGACGCGAGAACUCGACUCGACAGAAAAUAAAAGCAAGCUUGCCUCGAUGAUUUGA